ACCUUAUUUUCUCUACAUUUUCAGACCCCAACACAUCCAGAUUUUCUUUGAAGAGUGGUAACAUGCGGAGGUCCUGACAACAGCAACGAGCACAGAAUGCCCGUCAGGGGAUUGGAGUGAAGCUAGGAAUUUCGGGCAGAGUGCGCACUUCUGUGCGCCGAAGAGCUGAAUGUCGUUUUGAAAUGCAUGGGAUCCACUUGCAGAACCGGUUUUGGGAUCAGAUCAACAUCGCCCAUAUCUGAGUAAGCACUGGUUUUUGGACACAUUAGACUGGGAAUAUUCGCUCAUUUUAAACAACAGAAGGAGAAGAUUAACAAGAGAAGAAUGGCAAGUGAAGAAGAACGCCUUGCGAGAUUGCGAAGGACAUUGCAUUCCUUAGCAACUCGAGUCCCAAAAGUAAUUCUGACACGAGUUGACUGGACAUUACCUGCUUUGAGGAAUCAGGCUAAUAUUAAAUUAAAUGCAGCAAAUUUUGAAGCAACACAUGAAAAUAAGGAUUUUAAUGCCAAGGAACUUUGUCGUGAACAGGGAGCAGAAUUGUUAAACAGAGAAGAAAACUUCUAUUCUUGCGAGAUAUGUAAGAAGUCAUGGUCUCCUGGGAAUAAUUUGUUGGUACAUGCAAGUGGAAGUAACAGAGAAACAAUGUCUCGUUGUGAAAAGUGUGUCACAUCGUUAACUCCUAAGCAUAGUGCAGUAAAAGGAUCAAGGGGUCGCAGUGAGUCUUUAUCUUGCGAAAAUUGCAAGAAGAAGUUAACAAGUCACUCUACUUUCUACAACCAUACCAGAGUGCACACUGCAGAACGGUCAUUUUCUUGCGAAGUGUGUAAGAAAAAGUUCGCCAAGCGCUCUAACCUAAACAAACAUUUAAGAAUUCACAGUGGAGAACGGCCUUUUUUGUGCAAAGUUUGUAAGAAAGCGUUCGCCCAGCGCUCUCACCUAAACAGGCAUCUCAGGACACACAGAGGAGAGCGACCAUUCUCGUGCGAUGUGUGUAAGAAGCGGUUCACUCAGCUUUAUCACCUAAAUAUCCAUCUCAGAAUACACAGUGGAGAAAGACCAUUUUCUUGCGAAGUGUGUGAGAAAACAUUCACUCAUAGCACUAGCCUGAAGAAUCAUCUGAGGGUGCACAAUGGAGAACGGCCUUUUUCAUGCAAAUUGUGUAAGAAAACUUUCACACAGGGAUCUACCUUAAACAGGCAUCUCAGUGCACACAGAGGAGAGCGACCGUUCUCGUGCGAUGUGUGUAAGAAAACUUUCGCUAAUAGAGAUAUCCUGAAGAAUCAUCUGAGGGUGCACAGUUGAGAACGGCAUUUCUCGUGAAAAUUGUGCAAGAAAAGGUUCACUCUCCGCCUCGUUCUGAAUAUGCAUCUCAAAUCACGCAGUUCAGAACAAGCAUGAUCGUGAGAUAUUGAAGGGAAUGUUCACUCGUGGCGGAAAACUAACAAUCAUCACAUGGAAUAACAUUAGGGAUAACCUUUUCGCUUAAAUGUGUGCAAGAAAACAUCCAAUCAUCGAGACAGUGCGAGUCUAUAGAGACAUUCUUUUAUUUUGCAUUUCUAUGAAAAUGUUUAUUGCAUAAACGGAAUUAUUGUGUUUAAAAUAACAUAUUUUGCUUCAAGAAUUUACCUGGUUACAGAACCUGAACGUUUUACUGUGUGAUAGAUUACUAACAGGAAUAUUCACACAUCAUUCUCCUCUGUUCAUUGUAUGAAGUUGUGUUCAGCAUUUGGUUUCAAAUAUUUAAUGUUUUCUGUUGACUUCAUUAAUUUUUCACAAUUAACUUCACAUCUUUAAGUGUAUUAAAUCAGUAUUGUUUUUUGAAGCCUGAUUAGUACUAUAUUAGAUUUAUAAUAUAA